GUCCGUGCUCACCUCGCGCGGCGCCGAUAAAAUGCCGCGGCCAUCUGUGAGCAGCCCUGCAGAAAACCCUGCAGAGCAUGGGAGCUGAGCUGCCAGAGACCAGCCCGGGGCUCCAGGGCACAGCAAGUUGAGCAGCUUGCAGUGAUACCCUUGGGAGAGUCCUCUUGAUGGUUGAACUGAGGCUCUCUGAAUAUAAAACCCUCAGCAUCUACUGAGCAGGUCUAAUACUACUGAAAUAUGCUUUUGUGGGGAGGAUGAAGCACAUCACUUGUGGGGACAGAAGUGCCCAGUGCUACUGGUGUAGAUCAUCCAAGAAGAUGGUAUUGAAGACAGAGUCAUGGGCCAAAGAGGAAAGCAAAGUCCCAUCAAGCUGGAGCAGACAGACACAUAAAGGGGAAGGAGUCAAAGCAAAAAGAAAGCAGGAAAGAAGAAAAUAAUUAGACAAAGACCGUAAGAAAUGGGUGACUGGAGUUUCUUGGGGAACAUUUUAGAGCAGGUGAACGAGCAAUCCACUGUCAUUGGGAGAGUUUGGCUCACGGUGCUCUUCAUUUUCCGCAUCCUGAUCCUGGGCACGGCGGCCGAGCUCGUGUGGGGAGACGAGCAGUCAGACUUUGUGUGCAACACCCAGCAACCUGGUUGUGAGAACGUCUGCUACGAUGAGGCCUUCCCCAUCUCCCACAUCCGGCUCUGGGUCCUGCAGAUCAUUUUUGUAUCCACCCCUUCACUCAUGUACUUCGGGCAUGCUGUGCACCACGUCCGCAUGGAGGAGAAGAGGAAAGAGAGGGAGGAAGCUGAGAGGCGCCAGCAAGCUGAGGUGGACGAAGAGAAGCUGCCCCUGGCUCCAAACCAAAACAAAGGCAACAACCCUGAUGGAACCAAGAAGUUUCGCCUGGAAGGUACUCUCCUGAGAACGUACAUCUUCCACAUCAUUUUCAAAACCCUCUUUGAGGUGGGAUUCAUAGUAGGUCAGUACUUCCUGUAUGGCUUCCGAAUUCUCCCCCUUUACCGCUGCGGGCGGUGGCCCUGUCCCAAUCUUGUGGACUGUUUUGUCUCCAGGCCCACGGAGAAGACCAUCUUCAUUAUGUUCAUGCUGGUGGUGGCUUCCGUGUCCCUCUUCCUCAACCUGGUGGAGAUCAGUCAUUUGAUCCUGAAAAGAAUCCGGAGGGCUCUGAGGAGGCCAGCAGAGGAGCAGCUUGGAGAGGUCCCAGAGAAGCCCCUCCAUGCCAUCGCAGUCCCCUCCAUCCCAAAGGCCAAAGGCUACAAGCUGCUGGAAGAAGAGAAGCCAGUGUCCCACUAUUUCCCUCUCACGGAAGUAGGGGUUGAGCCCAGCCCCCUUCCAUCAGCCUACAACGAGUUUGAGGAGAAGAUUGGGAUGGGACCACUGGAAGAUCUCUCCAGGGCAUUCGAUGAGAGGUUGCCAUCAUAUGCGCAAGCGAAGGAACCAGAAGAGGAGAAGGUACGAGCAGAGGAGGAGGAACGAGAGGAGGAGCAUGCAGGGCCUCAGGAAGAGCCAGGGGUGAAGAAAGCAGAAGAGGAGGUGGUGAGAGAUGAAGUAGAAGGGCCUUCAGCAGCUGCUGAACUUGCUGCUGAUAUGAGACCCCUGAGCAGGCUAAGUAAAGCCAGCAGCCGGGCCAGGUCAGAUGAUUUGACUGUAUGAAGGUGCAGGAUGCGGGGAGCACAUGAAAAGGAAAAAGUUGAAGAGGAAAGGAGAGAUAGAGAAAGAAUCAAAAGAUAUUUUUAAGCAAAGUGCUAAAAUGGCCACUUGAAUAUUAUUUCCUUUUAAGAUUCUCAACUGGAAAGGUACUACCAUGGUAACAGUGCCUUAUUUGCCCCAUAUGUCCCUGUAUUUCCCUGUUUCCACAUGCCAGCUCACUCCUUACAGUAAUAUCUACACUGUACACAUAACUGAUGUAUUUUAAAGCCUAACACGGCAGUGAUACCCACAUGUUGCCACUGUGAUCAUAUUUACUGAAAGCCUCGUGUUCCACAUUUCUCUAGGAAUGUGGGGCGGAUCUGUCUUUCAGUCAGUGAGGGGAAAGACUGAUCAACAACUCUAUCUAGUCUUUCUCUUUCUGUUUCCUCCUAUGGCUCACUGAGCAGAGCUCCCCUUUGCUGUUGGCAUGGAAUUGCAGUUAUUUAAUUCACAAAGUGAAUUCUAUGCUUAGCAUCAACACACUAAAAUACUAAGCCGAAUAUUCCCCUCUUUAUUCAUAAAAUAAAGGCAAAAAUGUUCCAAAUUUCUCUGUGAAUGUAUAUCUCAGUUAGGUAAAUAUAUUUUCCCUGGUCAAAAAUAUUUCUGCUCUUCAAGCGACAUUGACAGUGGGCAUGGUUAACAGUAGCUCUCUACUAGGACUUAGCAGAUGCCCAGAGAUAGAUUAUUUGUUCCAAAGAGGGUCAUCCAGCCCUGAGACUAGUUCAGAAUACUGGAAAGAAUAAAUUCAAGUGAUAUUUUUUACUUGUAGCCUUGUAACUUAAAGAUUUGAAACUAGAUUUAGCCAAGCAAGAGGGGAAAAAAAUCUUCUGAGAAAGGAGAGGGACAGCUAUAGCCCCUAGAGCAUGAAACCAAAUACAAGCCUUCAUGGUAUGAUCCUGACAAGUGUUCAGUUCCUAGAGCUUCCAGGCUCCCAGGCACUCAGCAAAUCUCAGGAACAGAGUCCUGAAGGCACCUGUGAACCUAAACCAGGGGUCUGGGUAACUAUGUGACUUUUUUAAACUUCUAAAUACAAAACUGGUUGGUCAAGUUUGAAAAGACUGAUAGGGUAAAAGUCUUUUGACAGCCUUUGUUUUUCAUUUGACAGACAGGAGCCAUUCAGUGGGCUGCUUCUCCAUUAAAUGCCAAAGUCUCGACCAAGUAAGACAAUGCCUUUCAAAAGAUGACUUAGACCUUUUGUGCCAACAGGUCUGUACAGAACUCUCAGAGACUCAGAAAAAUCUUUUUUUUUACAGAAGGCAGAAAAUUAUGUGCUUGCAAAUGUUUAGAUGUCUAAUAUAUAUUUCUAAUUUUAGGACUACAGCAGCAUCUCUUGGCUGGGACAGUGCAGCAAUGCGUUCAAAAGCUUCAGGUUAACAGCUAUGUCCCCCAAAACUGAGCCCCAUGCCAAAAAAGUGCAGGUAUGCACUCUGCUCUGCUCUGCUCUGCAAACCUCAGAGCCUGCCAUCUCAGCAAAUUCUUUCUGCUGGGCUGCAGCCCAUCCCAUUGUUCCCAGGGCAGGCUCUAAUCCAGGUCAGGGAAAAAAAGGUCUUUGGCACAAUGCAUCAAACUCAUCCCGCCGUUAGCUAGAAAAGACCCCCUGCAGCCUCCCAUUGUAGCAGGUCUGACUCAAAGCCCAGGAAAGGCAAAUGGGUGUCUGUGAGAGCCCUGGGUAGGCUUGGGCCCUGUCCCAGCCCCAGAACAGUCGGUCCUGUCGCUCCUGAUCCCACUCCUUUGGUGGAGUUCCCUGCCUGGCCACGCGGCCGUGAAGGUGGCCGGUCUUCACUGCCAAGUGACAAUAAGCUGUACAUAUGUAGAAAGUUUGUAGGGUGCAUUGGGAUUCUUCAGCUGCCACAGAGGUGCCACGUAUUGUUUUUGUUUUUUCCUUUUUUUUUCUUUCUUUUUUAUUUUUUUAACACUAUUCAUCCUUUUGCUCCUCUUGGGCCUGGAUAUUUUCCCAAGGUUUGCAGCCUGAGGUCAAAACCCUUUUUUCCUUAGACAAAGGCUGUUGGGUGUCCUUCCUUGUGAAGGAAGACUGAAAGGUCCCUCCUCAGUUUUGGGAAGGAAUAUGACAAAGCAACACAUGCAGACAGAGAGCCUGGAGGCUACCAUUUAUCCACUCUCUGAAUACAGAAACAGGAGAACUGUUAUCACAACUGAGGGAAGAGCAUGUUUUUCAGCAAGAAGAGUCCACUGUGCCCAGUUCACAACACUAGAACUAAAGGAAGGGCUAAGAUUUAGA